AAUUCUAGUGUUAAUGUAAAUGCUAGACAGCAAUGGAGGGAUAUAAUAUUUUCAUUCUAGUUUUGUGUGUGUCUGCUUUUAAUGGAUAUUCUUGUGAAAGUAAAAUAAACGAUUUUGUUGCGUCUGCUUUUGAAAGUGAAACACUUUUUUGUACAAAACACACAGAGAUGAAGGGUGUGCCUUGUAUGGUUCCAAACGAUAUGGACGAAGGAAGCUCUAUUAACACACCAAACCGAAAAUUAACACUCGUUUCAAUGAGCGUUUCAAUGGUCCUGGUAGUGUGUGGUAUGCUGGUUUAUAUACGAAUCAGACGAAGAAGAAUUUUAACAUCGAAACAUGAUUACGGGCACGAAGAUAUUGACCGACCGGCAGACUUAGUCCAAACAAACAUUAAAGAGCCAGACCCAUCUACAGAUAGUGUAAACCUAACGGACAGCCAAACACCUGAAACGACAAGGGGUUUACUAGGGUCCGAAGAAACAUCAGAAAAACAAAAGGAAAGGUCAAUGACUUCUGCCUCUCAGGUCGAAACAAACGCAAAAGUCUUGGAUGAUAUACAGGAAAGAAUCAUGUGUAAGAUAUGUUUGACUAGGAAAAUGAAUGUAGUUUUCUCACCAUGCAACCAUAUGGUGGCGUGUGCGGGCUGCUCGGAUCUAUUGGACCGGUGCGCCGUUUGUAGGACACCAAUUAAAGGAACUUUUGUCGUGUAUACAGAAUUUUAAAUCUUCAAUGACAUCAUAAGACAUUUCAGGUCGAAUUAACUUCCAUCAUAUUAAGUUUAUUUCAUGAAGAAAAGGAUUGAUGACGAUUUGCCAAUCACAUAUGAUAUUGCAAGAACUGUCAGUAAUGUUGAGAAUGAAGUGCACGUAAGCACGUGCUCAUCUUUACAAAAUUAAGUGACUGAAAAUUUAAGCCUUAUGUCAUGCUGUAUUUACGGUGACAUGUCAUUUUCAUUCAUUUUAUUUGUAUUUUUUGUUAAUUAGUAUUAUUUCUAUUGUUUGUUGAGGAAAAUAUGAAUUGAUUAUAAAUGUAUGAACUGUAUCACCGUAUAUGUUUUUAUAAAAUUAUUUUUUUUGACAACA